CAUUUGCACUGUAGAGCCACAGCACAGGUUCAGUGCCUCAUUGCUUUCACUGAGUCAAGACAGCUGGCUGCAGACUCCAACUUUAUUCACUCUCAAUGAGUUUGGACUUCAGAAAGAAAGAAUUCGAGAAAAACAAAGGAGUAGAGACAGGCUUGCUGUUACACCACUACUUUUUCUUUUUUUCAUCAGUUUGAACUGCAGAAGCUAAGAGACACUAUCUAUUACUUACACUAAGCUCAUAAGUUAAUUCAUUAGAUGCUAGAUUACCUGCACUGAAUAACGAAGGACAAGAUACUGAAGUUAUACCUUACUUGUAUUGACAAGGCACAAACUAUAGCCACCCCUUUUUCACUGUAUUAUUCUUUUAAAACCUUAUCAUUUAGUUGGUAAAAUAAAUGUACUGAGUUUGUAUCUACACCUCAGAUAGUUUGAACUGAAUUUGAGUGAACAUCUGGUUGGAAUGGCAGAUAAUAUGAUUGAAGAGUCAGACUAUUAUCCUGAUAAAGAAGAUAUGGAGUGGGGGUAUGAGGAAGGUGUAGAAUGGGGUCUACUGUUUCCUGAAGCUAAUGGGGAAUAUCAGUCUCCAAUUAACCUCAACUCCAGGGAGGCUAGGUAUGACCCUACACUGCUACAAGUACGUCUCUCCCCGAAUUAUGUUGUGUGCCGGGACUGUGAAGUUAUAAAUGAUGGCCAUACAGUUCGGAUAUUGCUGAGGUCAAAAUCAGUUGUCACAGGAGGCCCGUUACCUAGAGACCAUGAUUAUGAAUUACACGAGGUUCGAUUUCACUGGGGAAGGGAGAAUCAGCGCGGCUCUGAACACACAGUAAAUUUCAAAGCUUUUCCCAUGGAGCUUCAUCUAAUUCACUGGAACACUACACUAUACAGCAGUAUUGACGAGGCGCUGGGGAAGAGAAAUGGUAUACUUAUCAUUGCUUUGUUUGUUCAGAUAGGCAAAGAACAUCUAGGUCUGAAGGCAAUUACAGAAAUCCUUCAAGAUAUCCAGUACAAGGGGAAGACAAAAAUCAUUCCAUGUUUUAAUCCAAACACGCUGCUGCCUGAUCCUCUUCUUCGAGAUUACUGGGUGUAUGAGGGCUCCCUCACCAUGCCCCCUUGCAGUGAAAAUGUCACUUGGAUAUUAUACCGUUAUCCUUUGACUGUGUCCCAGAUCCAGAUCGAGGAGUUUCGAAGGCUAAGAUCCCAUAUAAAAGGUGCAGAGCUCCCUGAAGGAAGUGACGGGCUGUUAGGAGAUAAUUUCAGACCAACCCAACCUCUCAGUGACAGAGUCAUCAGAGCUGCUUUCCAGUAGAGUCACUCUGAAUUUAGAGUUCUGAUAUACAGAGCAGAAGACAAUGGUCCCAGUAUGUCUCUCUGGAUGUGAAAUGGAUCCUUUGAAAUGGCUGCUCUGCUCUGCGUACAAAGCUUGUAUUGUGUUCUUUCCACUAAUUCAUACAGCCUUGACAGACAGCUGUGGGCAAGUUCUAUGGCCUGGUGGAAAUGUUCUGUGGAAUGAACAGCCAGUGCAUAAAGCUCAUGGCUUGCAUCUGGAAGCACACCUUCAAAUACUGUAGAUAUAGGGUACAUUGUUCUUAGUGUUAUCACCCCAGGACAGUAGAAAUAUAAAUAUUACACUUGUGAAACUCUAAAUAUAUUGGUGUUUGUUUCCGAAUCUUUGAUAUGAGUUCUGAUUUGUGUUGUAGGAAGACUGGUAAUUUAAUAUCUGGAUUAAUGUGAAUGUUGAAAAUAACACACAAAAAUUUUUUUUUUUGCUUCCUUAAGGAUAAGAGCAAGCAUUAAUCCCAGUCUGAAUCAGGACAUCUCCUGCAUGCAAACUGCGCAAAUGUUUAGCCUCCAAUGUGAAUAUACAGUUAAAUAUUCAAGUUAAUAACUGUUCCUGAUCUGUUGAAGGUUUUAUUCAGGUUAAAGCUACUUUAGACCUAAAAAACAUACAUUACUUUAUAACUUUACUACUCUAUAGGGUGUUAGAGCGUGUUCCUUUUCCUGUUGUUAAGUUUCUUUGAUAAUUUUUUUGAACUAUUAAUAGUACUACAAUAACACAUACAUUAUACACCUACAGGAUAAAGAGCUAAACUAUAAAGCAGGUGAAUUAUAUUGGUAGUAACACUAGAACUUUGCAGAAACUUAGACACUGGAAUUACACUGCACUGCUAACUGGUUUCACUUUUUAUUUAUCACAUCUACAGAGAGCCUAAAACCAGUGGGCAUUGAAAAUAUCAGUACCAGUUUCCUGAAGAUUAUAUUUUCUAUUACACUCUGUAGAUUGAAUAAAGAUGUUUGAAAAGGAGUUUAGUUUUGAAAAUAAAA